AAUCUUGACAGACUCCAACUUGGAUCAAGAAAAUCUUUCAGUAAUGCCCAUUGUCGGAAUGGCAGGCCUGGGGAAGACAACUGUGGCUAGGUCACUAUUCAAUAAAGAUUCUAUUGGUGGACAUUUUGAGAAGAAAAUAUGGGUGUGUGUAUCUAACACUCUUGAGGUCAAUUCGAUUUUAAGUUGGAUAUUAGAAUAUCUUAACCCAACAAAGGCUGGGAUACAACGCCUAGAUGCAUUGCUUAAAAACCUAGUACAAGAAUUGGAAAAAAAGAGAUAUUUUCUUGUGCUUGAUGAUGUGUGGAACGAAGAUCCUCAAAAAUGGAGCAAUUUGAUGACUUGUUUGUCAAAACUUCGUAGUGCCCAGGGAAGCGUUGUUAUAGUCACUACGCGCAGUGCCAGUGUUGCAUCAAUCACGAAAAAAGUAAUUCCAAUGUAUGUUUUGAGAAGUCUAUCUGUUGAUGAUUGUUGGGACAUAUUGAAGAAAAGAGCAUUUCCAGAUGGUAAUGCUCCUAUUGCAAAAGAUCUAGAAACAAUUGGAAGGGAGAUUGCCAGAAAGUGUGCUGGUAUACCUUUAACGGCAAAGAAUUCAGAUUCAGUUGCUUGACUUGGCGCCAAUCCCUCCCUGAUCAUACGCUUGGGGGGGGCAGUUUUGGAAAGUGAAUAUACAAGACAACUAGCUGCCGUCUUAUCUCCUCAUAGGAUUUUGUCAAAAGUGAGCAAAUCUUUGCAUAGUAAUAUUUCGAGGUGAUAGGCUUAAGUGUAGCAAUUUUUCAUUACAUUUGUUAUCACACCAGAUGUAUGCAUUUAAAGGGGUUAAAUAAAUUGUAAACUUACUUCUAUCAUGCAUUUAAAGGGGGUUAAAUAAACUGUAAACUUACUUCAAUCAUGGUUUAAAAUCGUCUAUGUAAUCAUAAAUAACUAUAUUUCACCAUAUCAACUUAUCAACUUGUGAUAACUCAAAAUAUAGAAGCAAGGUUUAGCGAAUUACCACAUCAAUAAGCAAUAUUUUCGUGAAUUGUGAGACCAGGUUUGACAACUAGUGUGGUUAUUUUCACCUAUUUGUCAUAUUUCCUCACCCACAUUAUCUUCAAAUAUUUAACGAUAAAUUUACCCCUUUGUAAAAAAACCUUUGCACAUUAUUUAUCUCCUUUUGAAAAGAAAUCGAUGCCACAGUGGCUUCAUGACAUGUCUAAUAUGUACUAGUCGCUCC